AUGUUGUUUCCUUCUCUCCCUUCGUUGGCAGCAGCAGCCCUGCUUACCCAUUUUGCUUUCGCUGCUCCAGUAGGCGAUGAUGCAGAUGGAAAUACUCGACAUGCUCCACAGGCUGUAAAAUCCAAUGUAAAGGCAGCAGCUGGCGGGUACAAGAAUGCAGCGUAUUAUGUCAACUGGGCCAUCUAUGCGCGGAACUACCAACCUCAACAACUCCCUGCAUCGCAGUUGACCCACGUGCUAUAUGCAUUUGCCAAUAUCCAGACUGAUGGCACAGUGUAAGGAACUUCCUUCCACCUAUAUACUUCAUGAUACUCACGAUCACAAAGAUACCUGUCUGAUACUUGGUCUGACACCGACAAACAUUAUGCCACAGAUUCAUGGAAUGAUGUUGGCAACAAUGUUUACGGUUGUGCCAAGCAAUUGUUCUUAAUCAAGAAAAAGAAUCGACAGAUGAAGACCCUCCUCAGCAUUGGGGGAUGGACUUACUCCACCAAUUUUGCAGCUGCAGCUUCCACAGCAGCUACUCGAUCGCAGUUUGCUUCAACCGCCGUAGCAUAUGUGAAAAAUCUUGGUUUUGACGGAAUUGAUAUUGACUGGGAAUACCCCAAGACCGACGCUGAAGCAUCAAACUUUGUGCUUCUUCUUGCAGCGGUUCGCUCUGCUCUCGGUGCAUACGCUGCUCAAAGUGCCCCCGGGUACCAUUUUCUGAUCACCAUUGCCAGUCCCGCUGGACCGACAAACUACAAUAUCUUGCAUAUGAGAGACAUGGACCCGUACCUCGACGCAUGGCAUCUGAUGGCCUACGACUACUCUGGAAGCUGGGACACCAUUGCUGGCCAUGAUGCCAACCUCUAUCCAAGUGUUCCCAACCCCGGAAGUACUCCAUUUUCCACCCAAAAGGCCAUCACCGACUACAUCGCAGCCGGAGUCACUCCCAGCAAGCUCGUCAUGGGAUUGCCUUUGUAUGGUCGUUCAUUCCAGAACACCAAUGGGAUGGGGAGCUCUUUCAACGGCGUUGGCACCGGCAGUUGGGAAAAUGGUGUUUGGGAUUAUAAGGCUCUUCCCAAAGCAGGAGCGACCGAAUUUACUGAUGCCGCAACGGGAGCCUCAUAUUCGUAUGAUUCCAGCACCCGCGAACUUAUCAGCUACGACAAUGUCGCGACCAUCCAGCAGAAAGCCAAUUUCAUCAAGUCGAACGGUCUGGGAGGAGCCAUGUUCUGGGAGACAAGCGGUGAUCGAACGGGUGUUAGUAGCUUGAUCUCCACUAUUGCUGAAAGCUUUGCUGGACUAGAACAGACGCAGAAUUGGUUGAGUUACCCCGCCAGUUCGUAUGACAACAUGAGGGCAGGAUUUCCCGGGGAGUAG